AUGAGCAAGCCAAAGACAGCAGUUCCAAGUCUCUCUCCAAGCAAGGAGAUUAUGGAAUUGAAAUCACUAAAGCGCCAGCGAACUGUUGCGAAAAAUAGUAUAGUGCGCAUAAAAACGGGUCUCCUCGAUAAAACAAUGUCGUUAGAUCCAAUUGAAUUGGAGUGUCGACUGGACAUUUUGAACUCUCAUAGCGAUAAGCUUAUGAAGUGCCAGUCGAAAAUUGAAGAAAUCGACGAGGAAGACAUAGCCCGUGGGGAGUUAGAGGACCUAAUAGUGGAAACUAAGUCCGUUAUAAAAUCUAUUCUGGCGAGAAAUAAAUCGUUAAUAGCCGAAUCAUCCUUUGUUGCACCUCACAGCUCGCGACUACCGAAAAUGUCGCUACCGAAAUUUAAAGGGGAAUAUUCAGAAUUUAAAAAUUUUAUGAGUCUGUUCGAGAGUUUGGUGCACAACGAUCCUACAAUCCCAGACAUUGAGAAAUUUAAUCACUUGGUUAACUGUCUGUCUGGUGAAGCUUUGGGAACGCCAUCUGCGCUUUCAUUGCGCACAAUGAUUGAUACAGUGUCGGCUGUUUACGACUCGUUGCUGUCGUUAGGUGACGAGAAAAACAUCACAAACGCUAUCAUAAUUCAUCUGGUAAUGUCAAAAGUCGACACCGUUACUCGGUCAAAGUGGGAGGAACAGUUGGAUUAUGAUAAGCUGCCAUUAUGGCGUGAGUGUGAGGCAGCAUUAAAUAAACGCUACCAACAUUUAUCUGCCGAUGAAGCCUCAACGUCGAGGCUCAAGCCGUCAAGCAGUCACAUCAUUCAGAAACCCCACCUUCAUGCGGGAAGGACGAAAGCUGCCUUAGUAACUUCAAAUAUAAAACAGCCGGUGUGUCCGCACUGUAAAUCAAAUGAUCAUAGUAUACCCGCGUGUCCUACUUUUAAAACUCUCUCUGCUCAGCAGCGAUUUGAGUUUGCUAAAUCAGUCCCCUUAUGCAUAAAUUGUUUGCGAAAGGGGCACUCAGUUUCAAAGUGCAAAGCGGAUCGGUGUCGUGUUUGCAACCGUUCGCAUCACACGUUGCUGCACCAGUACCCUGUAUCCUUUGCAACUGCACCACAACUUUCGACCUCGCAUGCCAUGCACACGACGAGUACGCCAGAUCGGGUUAUGUUGGCUACAGCCGUAGUCAACGUAAAAGGUAGCUCCGGAGAGUACCUUGCUGCACGAGCCUUGCUGGAUUCUGGAUCUCAGGUGAAUUUCAUGACAGAGGAUUUGGCGCAGAAAUUACGAAUUCGUCGCGAAAGUACGACCUUAAAUAUUAUCGGCAUCGGAAAUGCAACCAAAAAAGUAAGGACGAAAUUAAAUACAUUUGUAAAAUCGCGGGUCAAUAAUUAUGAGUUUUCGGCACAGUUUUGGAUAAUGCGAUCCAUUUCAGCCAGCCAUCCAGAUCGUAACGUAAAUAUUAAUGGCUGGAAAAUUCCUAAAAACAUUAGCUUAGCGGACCCAGAAUUUUAUAAGGCUCAAAAGGUAGAUCUUUUGUUAGGUGCUGAAACAUUUUUCGAGCUUUUAGCUGUAGGCCAGAUCAAGGCCAGCUCCAAUCACCCAACAUUGCAAAAGACACUUUUAGGCUGGGUUGUGUCUGGCAAAUACGCCUCCAACCAACGUCCUCCUCCCACAGUCAGUAGCACAUUAUGCCAUACUGAACAAGAUCUAGCAAAUAUAGACUCCAUUGUCCAAAGGUUCUGGGCGAUGGAAGAAAUACCUUCAGGGGCUAGUUCGACAAAAUUCACACCUGAACAAAUAGAGUGUGAAAAAUUUUUCGUAAAAACUACUAAAGUUUUGCCUUCAGGAAGGCUUCAAGUAAGACUGCCUUUCAAAGAUGACCGUAAGUUACUCGGUAAUUCCUAUGAAACCGCGUCUCGGCGGUUUCAGGCCCUGGAGAGAAAGACCUUGAAAGAUCCAGAACUUCGUCAAAUGUAUCUGGACUUCAUGAAUGAAUACAUCGAAUUGGGUCACAUGAGCCCAACAAAUAAUAAGAUCCCGAGUGAGCCACACUACUUCAUUCCGCAUCAAUGCGUUCUUCGGCCUGAAAGUACGACGACUAAAUUACGUGUUGUUUUCGACGCAUCAAGUCGUACCUCUUCUCAAAUUGCGUUGAAUGAAAUCUUGAUGGUUGGGCCGACCAUUCAAGAAGAGCUGUAUUCAACACUUCUUCGUUUUCGUUUGCAUAAAUAUGCAUUUACGGCGGACAUUACUAAAAUGUACCGCCAAAUUCUCAUGCACGAAGAAGACAAAAACUUUCAGCUUGUAGUGUGGAGACGGCAUCCAUCUGAGCCACUUCAAAUCUUUCGACUUAACACCGUAACAUACGGCACUGCGCCUGCUCCAUUUAUCGCUACACGGUGUUUACAAAUGCUCAGCGAUGCCAAUACACAUAUGUAUCCACUCGGCUCAAAGGCAAUAAAAGGAGAUUUUUAUGUAGACGACCUGCUUACAGGAUCCGAUAAUUUCGAAUCUCUAGAUCUUAUUAGAAGUGAGGUAGUUAAAAUAUUAAACUCGGCAGGAUUCAAUUUAUCUAAGCGGUUUUCAAAUCACCCAUCAUUUUUCGAUUGUGAGAGUUCUGAGAAGGCCUUAAACUUCAAUCACACAGACUCCACAAAAACACUUGGAAUCCAUUGGUUGCCGAAGGAAGAUUUGUUUCGGUUCAUUGGACGCCGAGGAAUGCCGCGGAAAAUAUACAGCGACAACGCCACCAACUUCGUCGGCGCCGAUCGCAAGCUUCGCGAGCUGAGGGAUGCUUUCGAGGCCCAACAACCGGAAGUACAGAAAUACGCAACGGACGAAGGAUUCACCUUCGCCUUUAUACCACCCAGGGCACCGCACUUCGGCGGGUUAUGGGAGGCGGCAGUGAAGUCCGCCAAACACCUUCUCGUGCGCGCAAUCGGCAACGCGCUGCUCACCGCCGAAGAACUACAGACGCUGCUCGUCGAGGUCGAGGCCGUACUCAACUCGCGACCCCUGGUACCACUGAGUCAGGACCCGAACGAUGGAGAGGCCCUAACACCAGCGCACCUAUUAGUUGGGUGCCCCCUUCGAGCGCUGCCACCAGCCCAAGUAUCGAUGGACCCAAUGCGUUGCUGCGACAGAUGGCAACUUGUCUGUUGUCUCAAGCAACAGUUUUGGCGACUGUGGUCCAGGAACUACCUGAUGGGUCUUCAACAGAGGAACAAGUGGUUGCAUCCGAAGCGCAACCUCGAGCUGAACGACCUCGUCCUGGUUCAGGAAGACAACACACCACCGCAGCAAUGGGUGCUCGGCCGCGUCGCCGCAAUCGUAACAGGGCAAGACGGCAAAGUCCGCGUAGCAGACGUGGCAACCAAAGCGGGCGUAAUUAAACGCCCCGUUCACAAGCUCGCCGUACUGCCAUCAGACGUUGAAGGACCAUGA